UUUGAAUCGCUUCGUCUCUGAUCUGAUCUGAUCGGAGGAAGUAUCUCGCAAUGAAUGUAGAUGAUGAGGGGAGAUUGGCUCCGCCGACUAGAGCUAAGCACAUCGGGAAGAGAGCUCUAAAGAACAAAAGCGUCACCGUCUCGUUUGAUGAGAAAGAUCUCAGGUAUCGUUAAAAAAAAAUCGAAACUUGACGCUGUUUCUUUGGAGGAUUUUGCAAGAGGAAGAAGAAGAGGAGAAAGGAAGCUCAGAAGCAGCAGGAGUAGUCUAUGAGGCGGAAACGUAUCGAGGCUCGUAAGAAAAGGAAGUUGGAAGAGAUGAUGAUCGCUGGUCAUGGUGAGGAAAAUGAAGAAGGAGAAGCUAAUGAGGAUGCAAAGGAUGAAGAAACAAAGGCAGAUGCUUCAACUUCUGGAACGACCAUGUAUGACACAGGGGAGCUUAAAGUGACAGUGACAACAAGCGAGAUAUCUCGUGAAGAAGAGGAUGAGCCUGUUCGCAGGGAGAAGACUCAGUCAACAGAAUCUGAUGUUUCCACCGUCACAGCCUCCACAUCACAGCCUCGGCCUUUGAGGAAAUCUAAACCCUCGAAGCAGAAUCGGAGACACAAGUCAAGCACCAAAACUAUGAAGAAAAGAGAUAAGAAGAAACAAGCAAGAGGGAUCAAGAGUUCACGUUAGUAAAGAGAGAUUUGUUUUGUUUCCCUUUUAGUGACAAGCUUUCAU